AGCACUCCUGAGGGCCAGUUGGUGGUGAGGGGCAGAGCAACAGGGUGCAGACUUCUGAAUAGUCCUCAAUAUUUUCUCUCACUGCUCUCAUUCUCUGACCUGGGACCACUGAAGCUUUUUUUUCUCUUUUUGAAUCAGUGCUGGACAGAAUGCCUGCGUACAUCACUGCCUGUCUGUGUUGGGGCUUAUUGUCCCGACUUCUGAUUGCUACAGGGGCAAUUGAGUGCACAGAAAAUGAAGCACCGGAGAUAAAGCCGAAGCCAAAUACCAUGAAACUGCCAACUGAAUGUUUGAUCGAGUGCAGUUCAAUGACCUACAUCAACAAAUUACAACUUCAGGAUGAUCAUAAUAUACGGAUUACAGAUUCAACUGAAGGAGAACUUGGGGAAUACUGCUGGUCUUCCAAGUUAAAGUGCACCAUUGGAGAGAGCUUUGUGAGUGCCUAUGUAGUGGUGCCUGUGGAUGUGUCUAUGACGGAACACGAGCAGCUGCAAGUCAGAACCUCUGCCCCGAGAAGAGACGCGCUUCACAUACACAGCAGCCCCACCACAAUUGCAGACAGCUGUGGCUUUCGUUACGAGGUCACGACGCACUUCAGCACGCCAGAUACGGACACAUCAUUCUGCGUGCAAAUAGUGACCCAGGAAGAUGACCUAGGGGACAGGUUACUAAGAUGCCCUCCUUAUUUGGUCACCUUCUGGCAGAGAAACCCGAAUCAGUCUAACAAACAAGGUGCAGGAUAAAGAUUUAACAUUAAGGCACUCAGAUAUUUUACUUUUAAAGCACAGAUGACAUUUUUCAAAGUCUAACUUAUGUAUCUAAUUAGACUAAAUGGAAAAUUAGCAGAAAAGAAAAAAUAACAUGCCGGUACACAGUUUUUUGUACCCCUUUUAUUCCAAAAUUUUUGUGUGAGUAAAACGUUAUCAAGUAAUUUAUUUGGACAUCAUUUGAAAAUGUUAGCACAAAUGUUAGUUCAAUUAAAUCAUCAAAAUAUAGAAAAAAAUUGUGCAACAGGUUAUUGUUGGGACUAAACAAAAGGUUCACAUGCACCUGAAGGUCACUUUGAUUUUGCUUGAAUGUCACUUUUGCUAUUUGGAUGUCUUUUUUGCCGCUCCAGACAAAAGAAUUUCCCCAUCGUGGGAUGAUUAAAGUUAUCUUAUCCUUACUCAUGCUCAGUUCUCCUUUGAAUGUCAAGUAGUUAUGAACCCAGUUGCCUCUCUAGACAACCCUAUCCCUAAUUGUAAUCCUAAUCUUAUCCUUUUAUAUGUUUUGUGUUUAAUAAGCAAUAAACAAAUAUUUAAGGAUGUCCAUUAUAAAUAUUCACAAAAGCACUGAUAUGCAAGAUAAAUUAUUAGGAUAAGAUCUCAAUCAUUUUUCAAAGUGAUUAAGUGUAAAUACAGAAAAAGAGAUAUGUGAAUGACUGAUUUAAGUGUGGUAGGAAGUUAAAUGUUGUAAAAAAAAAAAAAAAUCAAAAAAAAUGUUUUGUCCCCACAUAUUUCCCUGGUUCCUUUGGUAUUUUCAUCUGGCUUUGUAAAUUUGCAGAUUUUUUGUUUGCACAAAAAUGAAAAAUGAUUAUUUUUCUCAUGGAUAAAUCGGAUGGAACAUGUAUAUGAUGAUACAAUCCAUGCAUAGUUUUGAAUCUUACCUACGUUAUGCUACGCUGCAAUGUGAUGUGUGUUGUUUUUUAAACCUAUACAGCAUAAAUACAUUAAAAAAACAGUUAUUUGAUGAUGAAUCUGUCUUUUCACAAAAUAAACAUUUUUCACUUUCUGCUGUGUUCUGCUCGAGGUCUGUUUUAAUUUUUCAUUGACCUCCAAACUAAAUACUUGACUUCUUUUUUUUUUAACUGUUGCAUUGUUUAUUGAUUUAAGUUGACAUUUUAGAACAGCAAUAACUGUUUAACCUUAGAUUUAUUUUUAAAAUGUUUAUUUCUUCUUUUAUGGCAAAUUACUGCUGAUGUCUACAGACAGACCACUGAACCUGUAUACACAAAGCCUGGUAAAAGCUCAAUGAUCUCUCAUUCAAAGCAAAUGCAGUGAUGGAAAAGUUCUCAGUGAAAUAAAAGACGUUUCAAAAAACCAUAA